AUGGAGAUGCUGGUACUGUUACUGUUGUCCACGGCGAUCGCCGUGCAAGGAUAUGGGAAAAGCAACGAUCCAAACGACGAGCCCUUCCUACCGAUAUAUCCGGUGUACCCCUACAGUCCCAAGUUGAUCAAAAGAGGAGCCGAGAGGGAGUCAGUCUCGCAGUUGUCACCAGAGCUCUACGCGCCCAAAGUCGAUGCUAAAGACUCGUACAGCGUCAGCUACAGCACCAAUUACCCUCGAGAUCCUUACUACUCUAAUUACAACUCCUACCCCAAGGCUUCCACACCAUCCAGCUAUUCUUACAGCACCCUUCCGUACACGUAUCCAACGGCAGCGUACAGCGACUACAAUUCGUACAGUACGCCCUACGCGAUGGCUCCUCCACCUUCUUAUUCACCUGUUCCUUAUUCCGCGUCUUAUCCUAAUUACUACUACCAACCGCCUUACUAUUAUCCUAAUUAUUACACUCAGCCUCUGUACCCACCUCCGCCGAUGCCACCACCCGCUGAUUACUCCAACGACCCGUACUCCGAUUCCAACGACAAGGAGAAGAAGAAACCCAGCGGUGAUAACAGGUACAGAGGACAAGACGCCGAUCACGACUCGAUGGGUAAUCAAUACGUGGACGGAGGGAACUACAUUUCUGGAAACGGGAAGGAUCUCGACGGACAAUCCAGCACUUACAAGACAAGCAGUCCACGGAACCAAUUGGAGCAGGUGAGCGAGGUGCGAGUUAAGACCCUUCAGAUUCCGUUGCCAACGACAAGCUAUAGGGUGAUCAGCGUUGCUGGCCAGCCGGUGGGUCCUGAUUAUCCUCUACCAGCUCCUUACUUAAAGGCCCAACAACUCGAGGAGCUCAUGAGCCAGACCUGGGCCAAGAUGAUGGCGCAAAAUCUGCAACAGCAGGCUGCUCAGUAUCGCGUGAACGAGGCCAACAAGGACACCCAGGCUGGAACUAACGAUGGUCAGUACUCGAACCAGAACGGCCAAGCCCAACGUUUCGUCUCCGUUCCGAACGUCAUCGCCAAGACUGGACUGGCUUACAUCGUGAACCCUAACAUUCUUGGGAAGCUGAACAUCGGACAGGGUCAGCUGUUGCAGAAUCAGGCGAGUCAAGUAAAAGCCAUCAAGUAUCCGCUGACGCCAGGGGUGUACACCGCUGUCGAGAAACCGGGAAAGGAUCAGACGGACUCUGGCGAGUACGAGAAUUAUGAAAAUCCGUCCUCUCAGGGCGGCCAGGAUUACGAUGGCAGUUUGAGCCAGACCGAUAAGCAGACGCAAAAUUACGAGAACGAUCAGGGACAGUAUUAUCAGAAUCAGAACUUUGUAACGGCCCAGACGCCUCGGGGGUACAAUUAUCAGUACUCUGGCUAUCCGUCGCAAACGACCGCCCAGCAGCAGUCGCAGCAAUACAAGAAUAACCUGGAGGACGUGAAUUUCGGCGCUAAGACGAAGAAGGGAUAACAUUUUUUCGCGUUUAGGGGUAAAGAGAAACUUGGUGGACAUGGUGCUAUGUUUCGUUAGUCGUUACAGAGACGUCAUCUCUUCGAUUCGAGGUAUUUUUUUAGAUCAGCUAUUUUUGACGCUAUGAUGAAGCUAUCGAUUGAAGUUUUUAGUCGAAGAAAUGGGUCUCUAGUUAUAUGU